AUGCGAAGCUGUAUCACAUAUGUCACUGGCAUGCUCUCGGAUAUCAUUGAGACCUGGGACUCAAUGAUUACAAUUACAAUGCACAAGCAUCUGGUAGAGAAGUUAAGGCCAGUCUUUGCCAUGAUUCACAGUCUUGAAGGUGUUUCAGAUCAAAGCCUUAAUCAGAAACAGGGGGAAAAGGUGUGCCUGGUGGGUCAAGGAAAGAAGAACCCAAAGCUCCAGUUAAACUUGUUGUCAAGAAAGAACCUAAGUGCAAGGAAAAAUUGUUUAGUGAAGAACCCAUCGUUGAUAACAGUACAGACGAAGAGGAGUUGGACGAACACGAGCUUAAAAGGCGAAAGGCUCGUGAAGCCGAACUGGAUGAGCACCAGUGGAUCAUCCGAGAGGCUAAAGAAAAGGAAAUAG